GUAGCUUGAUAAUGGUUUAUUCAGGACAAAGGAUUAUUACUGGCCUUACACUAGUGGUUCUACUUUUGGUGUUGGCUGCCGAAGGAAGGCCGCAGUACUAUGAAACAAAUGAAAUUGACCAUAUUCCACCUGGACAGACUUUCAAUCCAUUUUACGCGUAUCAAGUCCUUAAUCGGUAUCCUGAUAGUCAAAAUGAAAAGUUAAGAUUCUUCUUGGAAGCCCAGCAGGAUCCCAAGGACGAUGUACUUUCAGGAGGAGCCGGAGACAAUCUAAUACGGGAACCUAUGAGCAAACGGCAAGCAGUACGAUAUAGACAGUGCUACUUCAAUCCCAUAUCGUGCUUCAGAAAAUAAAUAUAUUUAAUGUUUUUCCAAAGUAUAUAAGAUCCCUUUUAUCUCAGUGUCUAGUGUAAAGUAAUUUCUUGAUUAUUAUUAUUUCUGAUUUGUAACUUUUGAAGUGUAUCAGACAUAUAUGUAUAAAUAUUUUAAUUAUAACAGGAUACAAAAUUUAAUCAAACCAUAUUGUCAAAUUGAAAUUAAGACUCAUGCUAUAUCUUAACAAUUAAUUGAAUAAUAAAUAACUGUGCAUAUCAAGAUUUUAGUCAGCAAAAAUUAAUUUAGAAUUCAUAACAAUUAAAUAUU